GUGAUAAGGAGGAGGUCUCGGUGUGUGGAUGAAAAGGAAGGAAAAGGGACGAGCGAAAGGGAGCAAUUUCCUCUCCUCCCUAAUCAAGCGCAGCGCUUGCAAAGCCAUCGCCUCACUUUAGAGCUCUCUGGUGGCGGGGCACCGGCAGCAGCAGCACCGCACUUGGCUGCCCUCUGCGUCCGUCUCCGUCCCAGGUCCGCCUUGCUUGCCUUCACGCAUAAGCACAGGCACAGGCGGGGAGACGCCCUCGCUUCACACCCCGACUUGUGGACGGCACGACUAAGGGCGGGAAGGGCGAGGUGAAAGCUUCUUGGAGAGCAACACCAGCGUACGACCAGCAUCACCAACACGUACGAACCGGCUGCUGUCAUUGGCAAGGAUCAUGGCCGCCUCAUCGAGUCGUACCCUCCUUCGACCUCGCGUCCUCUUGGUAGGCAUAGGCGGCCCAACCUGCUCAGGCAAGACGACCCUUGCAAAGCAUCUCGUCUCUCUCCUCACUCCUCCCAGCCCGUCCUCUCCCUCUUCCUCUUCCUCUUCCUCCUCACCCUCUCCUCCACUGCGCACCUUCAUCAUCCAUCAAGACGACUUCUGCCCGCCCGAAUCAAAGCUUGUCUGGAACGAACGAGUAGGAAGCGCAGAUUGGGACGAUCCAGACACGAGCGUAGACUGGCCGCGAUUGCGUCACGCUGUCAAGCAUGUGAGGGAACAUGGAGAGCUGCCAAAGGGGCACAGCAGUCAUGACGCUCUCAAUGUUCAGAGGGAGACGACUGUGGCGAAUGAGAUCAGGGUCAGGUACCAGCAGAGGCUCAAAGAUGUGGCUGCGAAGAUUGCGCAGGGUGGUGAGGGAGGGCUCGUCGUCGCUUUCCUCGACGGCUUUCUGCUCUACCACGACGAUGAGGUUAGGCAGCAGAUGGAUGUGCGACUCUUCUUGAGAAUCGGCAGAGAUCUGCUCAGGGAGCGAAGGGAGGCUAGAGGGGGGUAUGUGACUGCAGAGGGGGAGACGUGGAAGGACCCACCACUCUACUUCGACGAGAUUCUCUGGCCAUCACAUCUCAAAGCUCACGCUCGGCUUUUCCAAGGUGGAGACGUAGAGAGUGGUCAGACGACGGAGGAGGCGCGGGACAUCCACAUCGUAGAGGCGCAAGAGCCGCCAGGCAAGGGAGAGCCAACCAGCAUGGACGACGUAGUAGCGGAGGGCUGCGAGGUAUUGCUUGCAGCGCUAGAGAAGAUGGCUGCGAGAGAAGCGGCGUGACUGGGGCACUUUGCCAGAUGCACCACAAUAGACGCCUUCACACGCACGCGCACGCCUCGUCGUCAGGAUAUCGCAUCGCAUUCUCAUCAGGGCAGCAAGACGUGCUCGUCGUCGACGCUGUGGUACAGGAAGCCGUUGUUGACCAUCUCGUCGAUUUCCUUGCUGCGGGUGGGCGUGGACAGGAGGGACAUUGAGGAGCAAUCGUAGGUCAGCCACGAUCUUUUCUUGUCUCUAUCCGCCCAUUGCCACUCACGUGAUGGUCGCAAGGGGCAUCGAGGGCAGCUUUCC